AAAAAAAAAUUAUAUAUAUUUUUUUAUAUUUUUAUAUUUUUAUAUUUUUUUAUUUAAAUAAUGAUUUAUUAUAUAUAUAAUUAACAAGGGAAUAAGAGUCUUUUGCCACUUAAUGAAGAAUAUAUUUUUGAAAAUGUCUCAUUAGUGGUGGUAAAAAUGAAAAGUGGUUCUAUGAAAGUGGUAAACAUGUAAUUUCCCCAAUAUAUAACUACCAAUCAUUAGGGGUGUCAAAAUGGGUUGAAAUUAAUGGGUUGACCCAAACCAAACCAAUCCAUGGUUCUAAUGGGUUAACAAUUUGGAUGUUAAUGGAUAAAUGGUUUUUAUGGGUUAAUGAGUUUAGUGAGCUGGAUUAAUAUUGGUUUGGAUCAAAAUGGUUUAUGGAUUAUCCAAUCCAACCCACUUUUUCUCACAUAAUUUUUUAGUCUCUCUCUCUCUCUUUCUUCUCUCACGAGACGCUCUCUCUUUCUCGAUCUCACGAGACCUUCAUCAUCGAUCACGACAUCGAUCAACCCUUUUGGGUCAUUGCUUUUGGGUUAUCGAUCGCAACACAUCAACUCAUCUUCCUUGUGAGUCAAACUCUAUUUUUUUUUCAAUUUGGCUUUAUGGGUCACUGAUUUUGCUGAUUUGGGAUCAAUUUUGAAGUAAAUUUUUCUGGGUUUGAAAGUGACUUUCAUGGAAGGAUUGUCUCAUUGUUUGGUUUAUUUAUUUGUAUUGAUGUACCUUUGUUCUUCUUGAGUGAUGAUUGAAGCUAUUCAUGUUUAGUAUCCGAGUCUCUUUGUGAUGUUUUGAUUGUAGAAUGAGUUUUGAAUGUUGCUCUUUUUCAGAUCUUCACUACCAAGGAGACCAAACACUGAGUAUCACCACUACUCUUCCACCAGCGUUGUAUCAACAUCCUUUACGUGUUUGUGGAACACUUGUAGCAGCAAGGUAUCAGUGAUUGUGGAACACUUGUACUACAAGUCUUGUAGCAGCAAGGUGUCAACAAAGAUGAUGAAUAAUGAAGAUCUUCUAAACAGUGGUGGCCAAUCAUCCACAAGUGCAUCACAAACGGCUCUAGUGAAACAAUGGGCAGACAUAACAAGAGAAGUGAACGAAAUGAUGAAGUGGCUCGAUUGGAAUUAGAGACUUUUGUUUGUGUUCUAUUACCAAACGACCAUAGUUCUUGUUAAUGUGUAAUGGUGGAGACUAGAGAGACAAUCUUGUUUUUCUUGCUAGACAUUUGAUUUUCUAUUAAUUCAAAUAUUUUGAUGAGUUAUAUUA